CGCACUCACGCCAACUGAGCGCACAUCUGAACGAAAACAUAGGUUUAAACUCAGACAAAAGACUAACUUUUUUCUCGCGACACCCGUUUGCGUAACACAGGCAAAGAAAAAGGUAAAGAAGCUAAGUCUGUGCGCAUGCGCAGACGGAAAUUGUCGGACUUGUUCUUUUUUUUGAACGCCAUUACUGUCUUCUGGUUUGCCUUGUGUGGUUCUUCGUCUAUCUGCUUUGUUGGUUACGACUCCAGUGCCUUGAAGUGUAUAACUGCGAAUUUGGUUUCAUUACUCAUUGGAGUCGUCAUUCAGUUUUUGAAUCAAGGGCAACGACCAAGAAAAAAACUUUGGGAAGUCAUUUUCUAUUGAUUCUACAGACAACACAGACCGCUGAUCGUCUAAUAUUUACUGUUAAUAUUAGUUUGCUUUCCAUGGAACUCGCACACUCCUCAACAACACUGAAUGGUUCAUCACCACAGAAAUUACAUUCGCCUCACAAGCAUAAGCAUCACAAGGAUAAAGAUCGUAAGCACAAAUAUGUACUUGAUUCAAAUGGAAAACCAAAAAUUGGUCCUGAUGGGAAAAGAAUAAGAAUUAAAAGGGAGCACCGACCAGAACACCAUACUGCCAAUCAUGCUGGAGAUCAAGGUGUUAUGCAAGUUAAAACAGAAAGAAUGGAUUCUGGAGAGCCACAUCAGAAUUCAGGGGUUACUAAUCAUGGAGAUAGUGAAGAAAUUAGGAGAAUGAAGAAGAAGUUGAAAAAGGAAAAACAUGCCAAGAAACGAAAAGCUGAAGAAAAUGAUGUGAAGCCAAAUAUUAAAAAAGUUAAAACGAAGGCCGAACCUUCCUCUACAUUGUCUAGUCCGACAAAAAAGAAAACAAAGAAAAUGAAAGAAGAGGAGGAAGCAGCUUCAAAGUGGAAGUGGUGGGAAGAAAAGAAGGAUACUGAUGAUGGAAUUAAAUGGAAAACUCUUGAACACAAAGGACCAAUGUUUGCCCCUGAAUAUGAACCUCUGCCAAGUUCUGUUCCUUUCAAAUAUGGCGGGAAAGUGAUGCAUCUCGAACCAGAAACAGAAGAGGUAAUGACGUUCUAUGCUAAAAUGUUGGACCACGAUUAUACAUCGAAAGAAAUCUUCAAUAAAAAUUUUUUUCAUGACUGGCGCAAGGUUAUGACCAGCAAGGAAAAGGAGAUUAUAACAGAUCUAGGUAAAUGUGAUUUUCGGGCCACAAAUGAAUAUUUUAAAAUGAAGUCAGAAGAAAGAAAAGCGAGGUCAAAGGAAGAAAAGCAGAAAGAGAAAGAAGAAAAAGAUUUGAUUCAAGAAGAAUAUGGAUUUUGCAUGUGGGACAAUCAUAAAGAAAAGAUUGGAAAUUUCCGAUUAGAACCUCCUAGUUUGUUUAGAGGACGCGGGGACCAUCCCAAAAUGGGUAAAAUUAAAAAAAGAUUGCAAGCCAAAGAUAUCAUCAUAAAUUGCAGCAAAGGUUCCAAAGUUCCAUCACCUCCUCCUGGACAGAAGUGGAAGGAGGUCAGGCAUGACAACACUGUGACAUGGUUAGUAUCAUGGACUGAAAACAUACAAGGACAGAAUAAAUACAUCAUGCUCAACGCUAAUUCAAGAAUCAAGGGUGAAAAAGAUUGGCAAAAAUACGAGACUGCCAGAAAACUUAAAGAUCGCGUCGAUAAAAUCCGACAAGACUAUUGGAGAGACAUGAAAUCACAAGAAAUGGCAAUAAGACAACGUGCUGUGGCUCUAUUUUUCAUCGACAAGUUGGCGUUGAGAGCAGGUAAUGAAAAGGAAGAAGGCGAAGGUGCGGAUACUGUCGGUUGUUGCUCACUCCGAUGCGAACACAUCAAAACCCAUAAAAUGCUUGACAUGCAAGAAUAUGUGAUUGAAUUUGACUUUCUCGGAAAAGAUUCAAUCAGAUAUUACAACAAGGUUCCUGUUCCUAAACAGGUUUUUAAAAAUGUUAAUCUUUUCAUGGAAAACAAAGACGGAGAAGAUGAUUUAUUUGAUAGACUAACUACAUCGAACUUGAACAAGUAUCUGAAUAGUUUAAUGGACGGAUUAACUGCCAAAGUAUUCCGUACAUAUAAUGCUUCCAUCACAUUGCAGCAACAACUUAAUGAUCUGACGGACCCUGAUGAUACGUUGGCUGGGCGUAUGCUUUCAUACAACAGAAGCAACAGAGCUGUAGCUAUUCUUUGUAACCAUCAACGUGCUGCUCCCAAAAAUUUUAGUGAACAGAUGCAAAGAGCAAGAGAGAGGAUACAAAAGAAACAAGACGAUAUAGCAGAUGCCAAACAGGAAGUAAAAAGCGCAAAAUCAGACUUCAAGCACCAUAAAACAGAAAGCAACAAGAAAAAAUAUGAAACUAAAAAGAAAAAGGUUGAAAGACUGCAGGAACAAUUAAUCAAAUUGGAAGUACAAGCUACUGACAGAGAAGAAAAUAAAGAGAUUGCUCUUGGAACAUCUAAGCUGAAUUACUUAGAUCCACGAAUCAGUGUUGCUUGGUGCAAGAAGUGGGAUGUUCCAAUUGAGAAAGUCUACAAUAAAACUCAACGUGACAAAUUUGCUUGGGCAAUAGCAAUGGUGGAUGAAACAUAUGUUUUUUAAAGCUAUUAUCUCAACUCUUUAUUUUUUACUAAUUACUUCCUUGAUUUAUUUUGUUAUGGUUUGCUAAAUUUAUUCGUCCGGGAUUUUCCAGUUUUAAUAUCAUCGCCCUGUUUAGUGGUAUGUUUCAACAGUUCAGGGAUUGCUGGCGCUCUGUAUUACAGUAAUUCGUACUAGUUUAUCGCUUCAUCAGUCCCAGCAUUUUUAAGAAGCAAUAUCAACGAUACACAGGUCAAUAAUUGGAUCAGUAUUUGUGUUUAUAUAUGGCCUUGUGAACUAUUUUCUUUUAUAACCAUAGCUUUUUUAACCCAUGAGGGGCUGGAGCCUUUAUUGUAAGGGAUAGUUCAGUCUAUGGCCAAUCAUUAAAAUAUCGUUUUUGUAACUGUCAAUAUAUUUGCCAACUUCAUUUCUUAUGGUCUUGGUACAAAUCAUUUGCCUAUUAAUGUGAGGCCAAUAAAUGCUCUGGCAAUACUACUGCUUUCUUAGGAUUUCGCUGUUCUUAUAAUGAUAAUGAAAGUUUUGUACAUAUCUUCUUCUAGGCAAUUUUCUAUAUUUGCUGCUUUAUGGUGUCCUCUUACAUUUUUUUCACUAAGUUUCAUCUUGAAUCAUAUAAUAACAUAAAUACGGAGUCUGAUUCAGUGAUGGAGCUUAUGAAGAAUUUUUAGGUUUUAAAAUCUUAUGUUUGUUCCUGAAAUGAAUUGAUCUAUAUCAAACCAUAAUCGACUGACUGCUGGUCGAUUGUGAUAGAUUUUGAAUUUUUAUGGAACUCUUAUUGUAUUUUAUGUUACAUAGUUCGAUAGUUUAAAUUCCUUUUUUGUGAGGUAGGUAACAACGUAUUUAUCUCUGCAUUUUUGAAGUGUUCUUAUUUCAUUUUGGACAUGCUUAUACCAACUGGAAGCUCAAUAGAAACAUAUUUUUACUUUGUGGAAGUCCCCUCGUUAGAUGUCGUUGCAUCUAUAUCUUCGAAAGUUUUUAUUCCACUGAAUAGGAUUUUUGUCACAAAUUGAAUUUUUUCACUACCAUUUCCGUUGUAUACAAACUUUAUAUUGAUUGCCGGUUCUAUAGUAUGAAAUUUGUAUGUGACCGAUUAACUGCUAAUAUUUUUGAUUGUUUUAUUAAAUGCACAAGGAAGUAUUUGUAAAGCA